AUGGACCUGAGGAGAGCAUUUCCAGAAUACUGGAAAAGGCUCUCCUUCCUUUUUGCUGUCCAGGAGAUCAACAAGGAAUCCAAUCUCUUGCCCAACAUCACCCUGGGUUACAAUAUUUAUGAACAAUAUUUCAGUGCACAAAUGACUUCGGAUGCUCUGCUGGACCUGCUUUCAGAUGGGGAAGCCAAUGUUCCCAACUACAGCUGUGGAAGACAGAGAAAUGUCAUGGCCCUUCUAGAAGGGGCUGAAAUAGAUGUUUCUAUCCAAAUUUCAACCCUAUCAGGGAUCUACAAAGUCCCACAGCCUGGAGAGAUCAUCCAACAAUGCAAUGAAGGAUCCAUCACCAUAUUUUACUGUGCCCUCAGCUAUAUGGGCUUCCUGUCUGCUAUCUGCUUCAUGGUGGCUUUUAUGGCCAGGAAUCUGCCUGGGGCCUUCAACGAAGCCAAGCUGAUCACGUUCAGCAUGCUGGUCUUCUGCAGUGUCUGGAUCUCCUUUGUGCCCACCUACCUAAGCACCAAAGGAAAAUACAUGGUGGCCGUGCAGAUGAUGGAAAUAGUCUACCAGCUUUUUAAUAAAUGUGAUUUUCCCUUUCUCUUUGCUACUGAGUGUUUAGAAAAGUUCAUAGGUGUCAACCAGGAUCCCCAGAUCUUAUCCAAUGUCACCCUAGGCUACAGUCUUCAUGAGAAUUAUUUUGACACAAAAAUAACUACGGAUGCUUUGUUCAACCUUCUCUCAGCUGGACAAGCAAACAUCCCAAACUACAAAUGUGAAAGAAGUCAGAAUCAUCUUCUGGCUAUCCUUGAAGGAACUGACUCUGAGAUCUCCAUCCAGGUUUCAGCCAUGUUGAGCAUCUACAAAAUCCCACAGCUGAUCAAUUUCCUACUGGAAAGAUCAUGUCCAGAAUCUUACACAAUACUCCAGACUCAUCGAGACCUAGCUUUACAUGUUCCAAGAAUGGGCCACCGAUAUACCUUCCCUCCAGCACCCUUGAGGCACAUAGACAUUAACAACAUCAACCAACCCAAAGGAGAAAAAGACUCCAACACCUCUCCACCAGUGACUUAUGCUUUUGUUUCUCAAGUUCUGAGCGAUAAAAACCAGUUCCCCUUUUUCUACCGGACAGUUCCUGAAGAAGGAACACACUAUUGGGGUAUUGUCAAAUUGCUCCAGCAUUUCAAGUGGACAUUAACUGGACUAAUCGCUGCUGACACAGAGAAUGGAGACCGAUUCAUAAAGUCCUUCUCAGCUCAACUGGUCAGAGUUGGGGUUUGUGUGAUUUUCUCAAAAAGAUUCUCGAGACUGAAUAAGUACAGUGUGGUCCAGAACCAUCCCAUUCUAUUUCACAAGUGGAGGCAAGUCAACGUAUUGAUUCAUUACACGGAAACUUAUGACUUCUAUGAUGGAUUGCUGAUUAUUCAACAGUUGACGGUUGGCUUGAUAGAGCCCAUAGCUGGUAAAGUAUGGAUCACAACAGCUUUGUGGGAUUUGACCCGUGAGUUGACUUUUUUUGAAUUUCCACUUUUCCAACACAUCCAUGGUAUUUUUUCCUUCAUGAUCCAGACAAAGCAAAGGAUAAGAUACGACUUAUCCUUUUAUCAUUCUUGUGAAAGGUUUGCAGAUUACGCAUUCCAUUGUUCCUACACAAAGCACCCUCUGUCUGUGAAAGCUUACAAAAAAUGCACGGAGAAAGAAGUGGCAAAUCUCCCUCAAGAAGAGAUAGAAAAUAUCUACUCCCUGGAUAGCAACCGCAUUUACAAUGCCAUCUGGACUGUGACACGGGCGUUCAAUGCAGCCUAUUCCUCUCUUUCCAAGAGGAUAAUCAAGGACAAUGGAGACGGGGAGGAAGUUCAAAGGAUGCAACCAUGGCAGCUUCACCCUUUCUUGCAAAACUCCCAAUUCUACAACAGCUCUAUGAGUGAAGUGUAUUUGGAGAAGAAUGGAGAACUGGUAGCUGAUUUCAACAUUGUGAACUGGGUGAGGUUUCCAAAUAGGUCUGUUGUUCGAGUGAAAUUUGGGAGUCUACGAAGACACAAAUCCUCAGGACUCAAGUUCACUAUCAAUGAGGAUGACAUUGUGUGGCCAAAUUGGCUUAACCAGAGUCUGCCACCUUCUCGGUGUGUGGAUAGCUGCCGUGCAGGAUUUGUUAAGGUAAUUAGGGAAGGUGAACCAAUUUGUUGCUACGACUGUGUUUCCUGUAUGGAAGGGACCAUCUCUUCUCAAGAAGAUGCUGAGCGUUGUACUAGAUGUCCAGAAGACCAAUAUCCAAACAAAAAUCAGGAUGAGUGCAUUCCAAAGAUUAUAACCUUCCUGUCCUAUAAUGAACCUUUGGGAAUCCUCCUGGCUUCCUUUGCCCUUUUGCUCUCCUUCACCACACUCUUUGUCUUAGGAAUCUUCACCAAAUUCUUGGAAACUCCCAUAGUCAGGGCCAAUAACCGGGAUCUCUCCUACAUCCUCCUCAUUUCCCUCCUGGGUUCCUUCUUGACCUCCUUCCUCUUCAUUGGCCAUCCAAAGAGAGCCACCUGCCUUCUCCGACAGACAACGUUCAGCAUCAUCUUCUCAGUGGCUGUUUCAUCUCUCUUGGCCAAAACAGUCACAGUGGUCUUGGCCUUCUUGGCCACAAAACCAGGGAAUGGAGUGAGGAGAUGGUUGGGGAAGACUUUAACCUACUCCAUUGUCUUUGCCUGUUCUGGCGUCCAAGUGAUCAUCUGUAUUCUUUGGUUGGGAAUUUCUCAUCCAUUCCCUGAUUCUGACAUGAACUCCCAGCCUAGAGAGAUUAUUCUGCAAUGCAAUGAUGGAAAGAUUGCCAUGUUUUACACUGCCUUAGGAUACAUGGGCUUUCUGUCUGCCAUCUGCUUCACAGUGGCUUUCCUGGCCAGGAAUCUACCUGGGGCCUUCAAUGAAGCCAAGCUAAUCACCUUCAGCAUGCUGAUCUUCUGCAGUGUUUGGGUGUCCUUUGUGCCUGCAUAUUUGAGUACCAAAGGGAAGUACUUGGUAGCUGUGCAGGUCUUCUCCAUCUUGGUUUCUAGUGCUGGCCUGCUGGGAUGCAUCUUCAUCCCUAAGUGUUACAUUAUUGUCCUGAGGCCUGAUCUCAAUAUGAAGGAGAAACUAACAAUGAAAAAUAAAAUAGAAACAUAA